AGCAUGCCGAGAGAUCUUCCGCUAUAUCAGCAGCAGGUUUCUUGAAGACGGGCUAUACUUCGGAAUUACGUGUGCAGUACACCGGAUUGUGGAGACAGAACAAUGCCAGAGAUGAAUGCGUCUCUGGAUCCUAGUGGCGACUUCCUUACCAAUUGGACAAGCGUGUCUACUACAAACUCCAGUAAUUUCACAACAGAGAUACCUUCUACUGAUGCCGUUACUGUAGCGCAUGACACACUCAGUACAGAAACAAUUUCAAUCUUUGUAGAGCUCAUUCUCGCUGCUAUAGGUAUCAUAGCGAACUCUCUCGUCAUUUAUGUUAUCGCGAGAUAUCGCGAGAUGAGAACAGUGCCAAACGUUUUUGUUUUAAACCUUGCCCUGGCCGACCUUUUGUAUUGCUGCGAGUUCGUCCCCAUUUGGAACGCUCAAUACUUUUUGCCAAACAAAUGGAUAUUCGGACAGGCUAUGUGCACAAUAACACGGGCGCUAUACGGUAUUUGUGGAAACGCAAGUAUCCUGUUCGUGAUAGCCAUGAGCAUAGAGCGGUAUCAGGCUGUAGCAGACCCGAUCGGACAUCAUCAGCGAAGUUCCAAGAAGCGAACAUGGCUCAUCAGCGCCGGCCUUUGGAUGGUGUCAGUCAUCUUCUCAAUCCACAUCAUCGCCUUCUCUAAGGUCGAAACGUAUGGCACUCAUAAAGGAUGCAAAUCAGAUCCAACAAGUGUUGCACCGUAUGAAGACUACAUGAAAGGAAUCCUGAUCUAUCGGUUCGUGGCGUGGUGCAUCCUGCCACUGUCCAUCCUGGUGCCGUGUUACUCUAGGCUGUACUACAAACUGCACCACGGUGAUCAUGAUGUGAUCCAAGCUGAUUCAUCUGCAGCUGGAUCCACGGCCAAAUCUCGAAACCGCGUCACGAGAAUGGUGACGGUUGUUGUGGCGGUGUUCACCGUCUCCUGGAUGCCGUUGCACAUCGUCUAUCUGGUCAAAUAUGGCUUCCAUCUGUACAGCGUCCCUGAAGGGCACCAUGAUCCACUGGAGCUGUUCGUGGCCAUGCUGUCCUCCACCAACCCCAUGAUCAACCCCUUCCUGUACGCCCUGCUGGGAGACAAGUUCCGCAUCUACAUGAAGAAGGUCCUUUGCUGCGGCCGCGGGUAGGGUAACGGUGGAUUAUCAGUCCCAGGAAUUGCUUAUAUAUGCCCUCUGUAGACAUUGACCCUGCCAUUGGAUGAUA